AUGGACAUGGUAUUCUCAAGCCUCGAUGAUUGUUAUUCAAUGUAUGUUAAGUAUGCCAAGGAGUGUGGGUUUUCAGUCAGGAAAGGGACUACAAAGACAAACUCUAAAGGUGUCUUACAUAUUAAGUACUACUUGUGUACGAGAUCUGGGUUACACAAGGACAAGAAGGUUGAUACGUUGGACCCCAAUCAAAAGGAGCGAGUAGUGCGAUCGAACUUUUCAAAGAGGACUGAUUGUGGUGCACUGUUAUGUGUACUUUUUGAGGCUGGAUCAUGGAAGGUGUAUAAGUUUGUCGAGGAGCACAAUCAUGAACUUGUUGAACGUCCCAAUAAGCAUCUUCUUCCAACUGAACGAUUAAGCCAGACAUACUCUAUGGUGUUUGUACCGUUCACUGGUAUAGACCAUCAUCACUACAAUGUUACAUUUGGUGCAGCAUUAUUGGCGUCGGAAACUGCUGAUACGUAUAUUUGGUUGUUGAGAGUUUUUCUAAAAGCUGUUGGUUCUCAACCAAAAGUUGUUGUCACUGACCAAGAUCCAGUAAUGAAGAAGGCUAUUUCUGUUGUAUUUGUUGACAUGAGGCAACGGUUAUGCAUGUGGCAUGUGAUGCAUAAACUUUCUGUGAAGGUUGGUGUUAGGCUAUGUAAUUCCACCAAUUUUAAAGAAUGUAUUUGCGGUGUUGUGUGGACGGAUAUUCUCACACCUGAAGAGUUUGAAUCAGAAUGGGAAGCGGUUAUCGCAGAGUUCAAUUUAGAAGAUAAUGACUGGCUAUCUGAUAUUUUUGCACUUGGAAUAUUGGAUCCCUGCAUACUAUAG